AUGGCCUGGGUUCCUAAUUCGCGUUUCGAAGACGACCUGGUAAGCAUGGAUCCGGAUUUUAAUCACAUCCACGGCCAGCUGGCCUACGAGGCGAAGAAGAAGCAAGAGUUUUGCCCGCGUCCCAAGAGCACCUACGAAUACCUGUCGACUCGGGAAAAGCGAAAUUCCGAGCUGGAAAAACUGCACGGUAAUCCAGGCGGCAAGGGCCGGGAAAUUCGUAACUGCCUGCAAAUGAUGGAGAAAAUUCAGAAAAUUGCGGGUACAAAGCCGCUAGGCGAACACGCCACCAUGGCCGACUGGGACGACACCAGCACUGCGGAACUGGAGGCCGUGGCCAUGAUGCGGCACUUUGGCAUGAUGUCCAUGGCGGAGGACUCGAUGCCUGUCCUGCCCGCAAUCAAUCCUACGCAAGGACCCAUACACGUCAUACGGAACGGUCGCCAACGCUUUCCCCUUAUCACAGACCCCGAAUUCUUCAAGCCACGAAAAACGCCCCGGCCGAAGAAUCCCAGUCCCGACGACUCCAUCAAUGACUCUUUUCACACAGCCGAAAGUACCGGCAGCUUUAUCAGUCUGUACGGCUCGGCCAACUCCCACUUAAGCAGUAGCUCGGGAAGUGCAAAGCUCAAAGAGUCAAAGCGGGAGAAGAAGUACCUGGAAAUACCAUAUCAACCGCUGGAGGAGAGUUUCGAUCAGGCCGAGGAAGCCUUGGCCAAGGAAGCGAUCCCAGCAAGAAUCAAAAAAAGCAAAGAGAAAAGAAGGAACGAGAGACUUGGGAAUAAAAACGGAUCUAUGAACCAAAAACAUUAAAAAACAGUUCCUUUUAGUUGCCUGAAUUUAAUAACUAAAGAAUCGAAAGGUUUUUUUUCAACUCUCUAGGAUCUGAGAUUUUACAUUGAGCGGUCUAUAUGAACAUUAAGUUCCUUCCUAACAAAACUGUAUGCAACAUAAUCUAUUUUUUCUAUAGAUACCAAGAGACUUCCCGCUUUCCUUAUAUAAUAGGAUAAUUUAUGUAUUUAUUUAAACACAAAAAAACUUAAAGAAAUCAUGUAUUGAAACAACAACAACACUAUGUUUGAAACCAUUUCGGUUUCAAGGAAACUCUGCUAAGGGGUUCUUUAUACUUUCCUUAUACAAUCCUAAUAAAUAACAUAGUAUCU